AUGGACACCCCUGAUAGUUAUCUGCCUCCUGCCUUGAGCGCGGAAACUAUCACCUCGUUGAUCCUAUCAUUGGAUCUCCCUGCGCCAAGCUCCAUCGAGCCGCUGCAGGUUAAUGCCGCCUUUCAUUCCAUCUAUCUCAUCCAUUUCGCUUCCGUACAAGGUAUCGCAGCACGAGAAAACAAAGAUGGAACCGUUACGCUCGUGCUGCGUGUCUCUGGACGGCAGCUACCUGUCAUCAAGACACGCAACGAAGUGGGCGUCAUGACCUGGAUCAGCAAGCAUACCUCCAUCCCCGUACCAGCUAUCAUCCGGUACGAUGCGACGGAGAAUAAUGCGAUCGGACAUGAGUUCACACUACUCGAGAAAGCGUCCGGCAUCAGCGUCGAUCAGAUCUAUGCAACGCUAUCCGAUGAGGUCAAGACGAAGAUGGUCCACCAACUGACGGAUUAUCUGAUCGAGCUGCAUGCGCAACCCUGGCGCGAGGGGUACGUGGGCGGGCUGACCCGGACACCGACGGGCGAGAUUGCCUUCGGACCACCUAUCGACGAAAACUUUUGGCAGACGUCGGACCUGGACAAGUACUGGUCCGCCUCGGCUGGAGUCAAAAGUACGGAGACGCUCGAAAGUCUCGAUCCCAUACCAGCCGAGGGGUUCUCUAGCUACACUGUCUAUACGAACGGUUGCCUCGAGCGGUAUGUCCACGCGAUCGAGAUCCAUCCCUCACUGGAGCCCUACCGCGACUUGAUCCCUCGGAUCCGCGAGUUCAUGACGCAACUGCAGCGGCAAGACAACCAGACAGAGCUCAACAGCGUCGCCUACAUCAUGGCACACAAAGACCUGCAUUUUGCCAAUAUCAUGUGCGACCCGGACCAGCCGGGGUGUCCAAUCACCGCGGUCCUAGACUGGGAGUUCAGCGGGGUGGUUCCCGGCCCGAGGUGGAACCCCCCGCGAGCAUUCCUGUGGAACACGAAAUGGGACCCUGACGAUAAGGCAGAGCAGACCCGCAUGGAGCAACUGUUUGAGCAAACGUGUCGCGAAAAGGGGGCAGAGCAUAUUUUGAAGCAGACUCAACUGAAUGCAAAGCAGGAGAUGAUGCAGACGGCAGUCAAUCACAUUCGAGCUAUUGUCGAGGUGUGCCCGCGAGGCCAGGCACAGGACCGCGUGGCCCACUGGCGCGCGGUGGCGGAAGCCGCCAUGGAAGGAUUUCAAACGUGA